AUGUGUUGCAACUACGGCAACUCUUGUGGCUAUGGCUGUGGCUAUGGCUACGGCUGUGGCUAUGGCCCCUAUUACAGCUGGAGUUAUGGACCUGGCUAUGGCUGUGGAUAUGGCUCCUGGUAUGGCUGUGGCUCCUGCUGUGGCUACGGCCCCAGAUAUGGCUGUGGUUGUGGCUAUGGUUCCGGCUGCUUUGGUUACCGGCCAUUUUGUUAUAGAAGAUGUUAUUCUUCUUGCUGCUAG